AUGGGGACCACCGACCACCCAGUACUGCACACCUUCGUGCCCACCGCGCUCGCCUUCCCUUCGAGCCAGGAGAAAGGCAAAUUCUACCAGAUCGGCGACCCUUAUUUCAAGAAAGAUCGAACUUUCACCAUCUGCCCGCUCCUGGACUCCGCCGGAAACAACCCCUCUCUCGAGAUCUCGGUUCUCACCAAGGGGUCCGGAAAGACGAUUGCGGUGGAAGGCUCCGUCAGACUGAGGGACUGCGCGGAAGUAAAGGUCAUUACUGGCAGCCUGUCCCAGGGCAAACCGACCAUAGCGACAUCCGAAUUCUGGGCAGGAAAGGCAACAUUGCCUCAUGAGACGGCUGAGAAAGGAAAGUUCUACGACUAUGUCUCGAUUUCGCUCAAAGGAGUGCCGGCAAUGGAUCUCAAGGCACAAGUCAUCGGAGAAGAGGUAUCGCAGGACUCCAUCGCUCUCAUGUUGGAGAACCCGCGUCGGAUAGUGCAGCAGCUGUCCUCCCAAGCCAACGACCUCGAGAUGAUCACGACUUGGUCCGACGGAGAAGUCUACGAUCGGCUUCAAGCAUUCGUAAACGCAUGCGGACGAAUUCCGAGCCGGCUUCCUAGCCAAAAGAUCGCGUCCUCUCCUCCACGCGGCUCAGGGCCCUUUUCUCGAGGACAGGCUGGCCGUGGACGUGGAGGCCAUAUGUCUGACACUUCACGGAAGAGACCUGUUGCUCAGUUUGGAGAACGCUCAACAGAUGACCACUCAAAAGUCGAGUUCUCCAUCAGCUACAGCACCAACGGCACAGCGAAACAGUGCUUCCUUUUCGACCGCGAGAAGCUAUCGAAAAGCUCAAAACACUACAGAAGUGUCCUAUUCAAUGCAGAGAAGGACACUAGUGCGUCCAAGCAGAUCGCCGUGUCCAACGUCGACCCCUGGAUCUUCUCAACAUUCCACUCGUAUGUUGAGAAAGAUCUAGUAGAGCUUGGCGUCUGGAAACACGAGAUCCCCGGCCAGACUAUACCAUCGCGGACUGAUGCGUCACACUGGUCCUGGUCUCUUCUUGUCGACUGCUACAUAUUUGCCGAGAGCUGUAGCGCACCAGGCUACCGUCAACGCAUCCUCGAGCUUAUGCAAACGAAGUUCUACCAGAAGCAUCCAGUCAUCGCUAAGUUCCCGCCAACUCUUGUGCUGGCCAAGGUAUAUAGCAAGACGCAGCAAGAUUCUCCGAUUCGCCGCCUACUGGUGUACAUGAGACUCGACAUGCCUGCAUUGGCUACAAGGGAGAAGACUGUGGAGUUCAACGCGAGCUGCCCAAAUCACUUCCUCGCAGAGAUCACGAUGAUACUGGAGCGACGCGCUGCUGCAGCCAACUGCGGUGCAUGCUUCGUAGAUAUGAAAUCCUCGGGGCAGAAGACCUGCACGUCCACCUCCCACUCCCUGCAGGACUGGAAGGACAAUGCCUUCAACGACUGGUGUCUGUGCCAUGAGCACGAGAACGACAAGGAUAAGGAAGCUUGCCAGAAGCGUAGGGAGGCAAACGAAUGGCGAUUCGCUGAUAGUAUUAUCUGCGAUUGA